GCGCCCGCCUCCAGCCCUGAGACCUCGCGCCCUCGCGCCCUCGCACCGGGGGCGGGCUCGCUGCGCGUGCCGGGCGGGGAAGCGGCGCGAGCCGGGAGUGGAGAACGCUCGUCGCGGGGGCGGCUCCAGGGCCUGAGCGGGCGCCGCCGCCGCCGGAGCCGCGGACGCCGGGCCGGAGGUUGGCGGGGGAGGCUGCGGCCGCGGAGACCGUCUGGACUGCCCCCUGCGCCAGCCGGGAAGAUGAUUGAGGAAAGUGGGAAUAAGCGGAAGACGAUGGCAGAGAAGAGGCAGCUGUUCAUAGAAAUGCGUGCUCAGAACUUUGAUGUCAUACGACUAUCAACUUAUAGAACAGCUUGCAAAUUGCGAUUUGUACAAAAACGAUGCAACCUCCAUCUCGUUGAUAUCUGGAACAUGAUUGAAGCCUUCCGAGACAACGGCCUUAACACACUGGACCAUAGCACGGAGAUGAGCGUGUCCCGCCUCGAAACGGUCAUCUCAUCCAUCUACUACCAGCUCAACAAGCGCCUGCCUUCUACUCACCAGAUCAGCGUGGACCAGUCCAUCAGCCUCCUCCUCAACUUCAUGGUUGCUGCCUACGACAGUGAGGGCCGAGGCAAAAUGACGGUAUUUUCAGUUAAAGCUAUGUUAGCAACUAUGUGUGGUGGAAAAAUGCUGGACAAAUUGAGAUAUGUUUUCUCCCAGAUGUCAGAUUCCAAUGGCUUAAUGGUAUUUAGCAAGUUUGACCAGUUUCUGAAGGAGGUGCUGAAGCUCCCAACCGCUGUCUUUGAAGGGCCGUCGUUCGGCUACACCGAGCACUCCGUCCGCACCUGUUUCCCACAGCAGAAAAAGAUCAUGUUAAACACGUUUUUAGACACAGUGAUGGCCGAUCCUCCUCCCCAGUGCCUUGUCUGGCUGCCUCUCAUGCACAGGCUUGCCCAUGUCGAGAAUGUCUUCCACCCCGUGGAGUGCUCCUACUGCCACUGUGAGAGCAUGAUGGGUUUCCGGUACCGAUGCCAGCAGUGCCACAACUACCAGCUCUGCCAGAACUGCUUUUGGCGUGGCCAUGCCAGUGGUCCUCACAGCAACCAGCACCAGAUGAAGGAGCAUUCCUCCUGGAAAUCCCCUGCAAAGAAGCUGAGCCAUGCAAUUAGUAAAUCUUUGGGGUGUGUACCCACCAGAGAGCCCCCGCAUCCUGUUUUUCCUGAGCAGCCCGAGAAGCCACUUGACCUUGCAAAUAUAGUCCCUCCUCGCCCUCUGUCUAACAUGAAUGACACCAUGGUUAGCCACAUGUCCUCCGGAGCGCCCACUCCCACCAAGAGGUUACAGUAUAGCCAGGACAUACCCAGUCACUUGGCCGAUGAGCAUGCGCUGAUAGCCUCCUAUGUGGCCCGUCUUCAGCACUGUGCACGUGUCCUGGACAGUCCUAGCCGACUGGAUGAGGAACACCGGCUUAUAGCUCGCUAUGCUGCCCGGCUGGCUGCAGAGGCAGGGAACAUGACCCGUCCUCCCACUGACUUGAGCUUUAACUUCGAUGCCAACAAGCAACAAAGACAGCUUAUUGCAGAACUGGAAAACAAGAACAGAGAGAUCCUGCAGGAGAUCCAGCGUCUCCGCCUGGAGCACGAGCAGGCCUCCCAGCCCACCCCCGAGAAGGCCCAGCAGAACCCCACGCUGCUGGCAGAGCUGCGGCUGCUGAGGCAGAGGAAAGAUGAGCUGGAGCAGCGGAUGUCGGCUCUGCAGGAGAGCAGGCGGGAGCUGAUGGUGCAGCUGGAGGGGCUCAUGAAGCUACUGAAGGAGGAAGAGCAAAAGCAGGCAGCUCAGGCCACAGGAUCGCCACAUACGUCGCCCACCCACGGAGGCAGCCGCCCAAUGCCCAUGCCCGUCCGCUCAGCAUCUGCUGGCUCCACGCCCACCCACUGUCCGCAGGAGCCCCUGAGCGGCGGCGGGGGCGACGUGCAGGAGGCCUUUGCACAAGGUACGAGGAGAAACCUCCGCAAUGACCUGCUGGUGGCUGCCGACUCCAUCACCAACACCAUGUCAUCCCUGGUGAAGGAGCUCCACGCAGCAGAGGAAGGUGCAGAGGACGAAGAAGAGAAGAUGCAGAGUGGGAAAGACAGAGGUUAACGGAGGAGCCGGGGACAGAGAGGAAGCGGCCCCGGAGCCGUGGAGCGAGCUGGCAUCGACCUGAGGAA